AUGGAGGCCGUACUGAAAGAAAAACUUAGCGCAAUAGACAGAAUAAUUGAGAAAAUGAAAGAGAAGAAGGAGGUCACCUUGACAGAGGUGCUGAAAGAGGAGAUUGACAGGCUCAAAAGACUGAACAAAGAGUACGAGGAGGUUUUGAACAGGAAAAAAGUCAAAAGCAGAGAAGAAAGCAGCGGGAAGAUAAAGUACACGCUCUCUGACGGCUCUGUGUAUGUGGUGCACAAAGAGAAAAAGUACAAGUAUCUGUACGAUGCAAACACCUCAAUAAUUACGUACGAGUUUGGGAACGGACAGAUCGAGAGAACCUUUCCCUUCGGAAUCAAAGAGAUACGCACGCCAAACGGCAAGAUAGUUAUAAAAACAUCGGAAAAAGAGUACGAUCUGCUGUAG